AAAUAAACCUGAAAGCCUCUCUCCAUCUUUAAUGGCUUGUGGAGCCAUGAAAAUGCAAUCAAGAGUCUUCGUCAAUAGCCACUACCCAUCUUUAAUGACUUGUGGAGCCAUGGAAAUGCAAUCGAGUCUUCGUCAACAUCUUAUAUAGUGAUCAUCAGCUUUCCUGAUCAUCAGAAUGCACUGCAUUAUCACCGUCACACAGUGGUAAACCAUGGGCUUGAGUUUAUUGCUUUUGAUCAAACUGUCAUUAGUAGCCUCCACACUGGCAUCGCCGGCGCCGGCGCUAGCAGCCGCCAAGAAAGCGGGCUGCGAUACCAUGUGCGGGGACGUGAAAAUCUCUUAUCCCUUCGGCACAACCAAAGACUGCUUCAAAGAUCCUGAUUUUCUGAUAACCUGCAGCACUUCGUCUAGAUUCCCCGUUCCUUAUCUAGGAACCAAAAACAACAUCCGAGUUCUCAACAUCUCUGGGGAGACCAGUGAGCUGCUUGUCUUCACUCCAGUUUAUCAUGAUUGCUACGAUCCCGAUGAAGGCAUUUAUUGGACCAAAGGCUUUCGUGCGCCUUCCAAAUUCGCCAUAUCCAAUACAAAGAACGAUUUCGUCGUCGUUGGGUGUAACACCUACGCUUUCUUCUACGAUAUCGAAGAACAAAAACUCUUCGGCUGCAACUCAGAGUGCAGUUACGAGGAACCCUUGGCAAAAGGAUCUUGCUCCGGCGCCGGCUGCUGCCGGACUAAUUUUGGGCAACCCAUUAGAAAUUAUACUAACAGUAUUGUUUUUUAUGGUGACCGAAACGUGUCCGACGGCUUCUUGUUUAACUGCAGUUAUGCGUUUUUUGCCAAGCACGGAACUUUCAACUUUUCCGACAGCGACCUCCACGAUCUAAGCGUACGCAAAAGAUCUACUGUGGUACUGAAUUGGGGUGUUGAUCAGACGAAAUCAUGCGGUGGAGCCUGCAAAGACGAUGAAAGUAUAUGCGAAGAAUCACAAAGUGUCAAAGGCUACUACCUCUGCAAAUGUAAACCAGGUUUUGAAGGCAACCCCUACCUCUCCGGUGGCUGCAAAGAUGUGGACGAGUGCCAUGGCAUCAAUAAUUGCACGGAGUCGGCAGUUUGCACCAAUUACAAUGGUAGCUACACAUGUACUUGUCCAAGUGGGCAAAAAGGUAAUGGCCUCAAAAACGAAACUGGACCGGGUUCGGGCUGCAGAAUUCCGGAUGCGGACUCUAAUCACGAUGGGCGUGUCAUUAUAAUUUCAUUAGUUGUUGCUGUAGCUUUGUUGGUUGUCCUCACAGUGCUUUUUGCAUUAUGUUGGGCACAAAAGAAAAGAAGUUUGAGACAACUAAGAAAAAGAAAUUUUGAGCAAAAUGGAGGAAACUUGCUUCUACAACAAUUUUCACAACGACAAUAUACUGAAAGGGCUAAGAUCUUUACAGAAGAUGAGCUUAAGAAUGCCACAAACAACUUUGAUGAAAGUAGGAUCCUUGGUCGUGGAGGACAAGGCACGGUUUAUAAGGGUACGUUGUCAAACAACACACAUGUUGCCAUUAAAAAGUCUAAAGUUGGAGGGGAUUCCCAAAAUAUUAAAAGUUUCAUCAAUGAAGUAUUUGUACUUUCCCAGAUCAAUCAUCGGAAUGUGGUCAAACUUUUGGGGUGCUGUCUUGAAACUGAAGUGCCUUUAUUAGUUUAUGAGUUUGUAGACAAUGGCACUCUUCUUGACCACCUAAGCCCAUCAAAAAAUUAUUGUUCUAUUACAUGGGAGACUCGAUUAAGAAUAGCUAUAGAGAUAGCAGGGGCCAUUUCAUAUUUGCAUUCUGCUGCUUCUAUUCCAAUUAUCCAUCGGGAUAUUAAAUCUGCCAACAUACUAUUAGACCAUGACAAUAGAGCAAAGGUGUCUGAUUUUGGAGCUUCAAGACUUGUCCAUCUUGAUAAAACUCAAGUUGCUACCGUGAUCCAAGGAACAAUAGGAUACUUGGAUCCGGAGUAUCUCCAAACUGGCCAGUUGAAUGAAAAGAGUGAUGUUUAUAGUUUUGGGAUUGUACUUGUGGAAUUACUCACCGGGAAAAAAGCAUUUGAAUUCAAUGGGUUGACUAGUCACUUUAUAUCUUCCAUGAGAGAAGACUGCUUGUGGGAAAUUCUUGAUAAGCGAGUGCUAGACCCAAAGAAGAAUGCAAAACAAUUGAAAGAAGUAGCCUCAUUGGCAAGAAGGUGCAUUAGAGUUAAUGGAGAGGAAAGGCCAACAAUGAAGGAAGUAGCAAUGGAAUUAGAGGCUCUUAUGGCAAUGGAAAAAAACCUUCAAGGGAAGGACAAGGAUAUGAUGGUAGAAGAAAGUGAAUAUUUGGUUAGUAAUUUUCCUAAUGAUGGAUAUGAGAGUGCUAGUGCAAGUAUUUCAGUUGUGAGUUAUGAUAGCAUUCAAAAGCAAGUUCCCUUUGAGAUUGUAGAUGGAGGGCGAUGAUUUAUAGUAUUAGUAAGUGCAUUGUGUUUCAAAUAGUAUUUUGUAUUUAUAAAGGAUACAAUGGAAUGUGAAGAUAAUAUCUCAGUUAUUUUUGCAAUCAAUUACCAUGAAUUGAAAAUGUAUGGGUGAAAUUAAUGAACUCUCAUUGCCU